AUGGACAUUCGUCCCGACGCUGAUGAUGGCGGCGCGCACUCCGUCGACAUCGACGUCCAUCCGCCCGAGGCCCCGCCCAUCGCCGCAGCGAGACCAUCAUCUUCAGUCACGACCACUGGAAGCCUGGCCACGCUGUACGGCCUCGCCGUGUGGGGUGUGGACGGCGUGCCGAAAGAAGAGCUGGUGCGCGACGAGCAGAGGCUGCUCCGCAAAGCGGAAACCGUGUACGCGCAGUUUCUGGCGCAGCCCUUGAACGAGAUGAGAGAGUGA